AUGAAGUCUCACCACUCACACAGUGAUGAAGACCUGCACAAAGACCUUCCUCUGAUGAAAGACAAGGUGUCUGAGAUGAGCUACAAAUAUACAAGGACCACUCUCCUGGCAGGAAGUCCCUCUCGUUUCAGCGCCGGCGGAUCUGGGAGUUACUUCACCAUGACUGUCAUAGCAGUCCAGGCUGAGGACGCAGGGAUUUCCUACUGUCAGAGUGAUAUCUGUGCUCUAUCACUGUGGAGCACUUUUGGUGGCGGCACUGAGGUCAUCGUCUCAUCGGGGGUCUCAGUCAAACCCACCCUCUCCCUGCUCCCCCCCUCUUCUGAGGAGUUGUCCAAGGGCUCGGCCACGCUGUCCUGUCUGCUGAGCAGCUACUCCCCAAAAGGAGCGCUGGUGACUUGGCAGAAGGAUGGGAGGGAGGUGACGGCGGGCGUCCUGACGGGACAAGAGGUGUGGAGCAGCACUGGGUACAGCCGCAGCAGCAUCCUGACCCUCAGCAAAGCCAGCUGGGAUGAAGGAGACCUCUACACCUGCUUGGUGGCCCAUGGUGGCCGCAGGCAGUCCACCGAGCUCAGGAGCUCUUAUUUCAGAUGGUCUUAUGGUGAUCCAGUAAUAAACCAGUUUAUCAUCUUGCUGUGCUCUUGCUCCUGCUCAUCUGUCCUGUGA